GCUACACCGGAAGUGAGGGCGGCGCGGGAGCGAUCGUUUUUUGGGUGGGGAAUCAUGUGAUCGAGGGUUAAAGGGGAAGCGGCGGCUGCUGCUGUCAGCUGGGGUGUUUCUGUGAGGAAUUCCGGAAGAAGCGGGCGGCCUGUUGGACCCUGGGGAACUUUGACACUACAUCUGAUAAUUUUUUUCCCAAAAGUUUCUAAACAUGGCUGACGAGCUGAAAAGGUUUCUGUACAAAAAAUUACCAAGUGUUGAAGGUCUUCAUGCUAUUUUAGUGUCAGACAGAGAUGGUGUGCCUGUUAUCAAAGUUGCCAAUGAUAAUGCUCCAGAGCAUGCACUUAGACCUGGUUUCUUGUCCACCUUUGCACUUGCGACAGACCAGGGCAGCAAACUAGGGCUUUCAAAAAACAAGAGUAUCAUCUGUUACUACAACACAUACCAGGUGGUCCAGUUCAAUCGGUUACCUUUGGUAGUAAGUUUCAUUGCUAGCAGCAAUGCCAAUACCGGAUUGAUCAUCAGCUUAGAGAAGGAGCUUGCUCCCUUGUUUGAAGAGUUGAGGCAGGUUGUAGAGGUUUCUUAACCUGAUGGUGUCAUCAAAGAGCAGCAUCUCUUCGCUACCCAAUGGGACAUAAAGAUUCAAUAAUUCUCAGCCCACAAAAUAACAAAUGUUUGAGAGGAAAUAUCACUUCCCCAUAUUGUACUCAAUAAGAUUAAACUUGUACAUAGUGCUGAAUCGGAAAUGAGAUACUAGUGUGUUGUAGACAGACUCUUUCGCCAUGUGUCUUAUAUUGUGCAGUACUGGAGAGACCACCAAAUGGCUCCAGUGGAGCCCUUACUAAGGAUCAGGUUUAACAGAGUUGACCAGUAUCCGCGUACUGUCGGUCCAGAUAAGUGACCCACAGCUGCCUUGCUGUACAGGGAAUGAAGCAUUGAGUAGGGUUUACCUAACUCUGACUAGCCACCACUACAUAGUGGGGAAGUAGAAUUAAUUUUCAUUGUCCUGUAAUGAAUGCUUCAUUGCUUGUGCUAG